CUCGCUGGCUGCGUUCCCUGCAGCUGGAGCACUAGCAGUGGAAAAAGAUAGGGAAGACUGUGCCACGUCCACCUGCAGGUAGCGGUGUUCAUUCCAGAGAGGUAUUUCUACCUCCAGUGACCUGCAGAACGUGAACUGAAGUGUCUCGCCCCUGCCCACCAGCACCAGAAUGAAGGAGCUAUUUCUAGCAGUUUGGUUCUUCGUUGUGCCAAUCAGCUGGGCAGCACCAAAGAACAGCAGUGGCAGGCCUGAGAUCCCCCACGAUUCCAUGGAUCAACCCAUCCUAAAUCCUCUGCACCCAAGCCAAGUUUCUCUUAAGGUGCUCCAAGACUAUCUGGAGAACAUUGGACAGUUGAAUGGGGAUGCUGCUACCAUGACAAGGGAACAGGCGCUCUUGCUUCUCUUUGCUCUUCAUGAUUAUGACAAAAGUGGGCACUUGGAUGGUCUGGAAUUCAUGAGGCUGCUGAGUGAAUUGGUGUCUCAACAGGCAAAAGGACAGCCUGCAUCAGAUAUGGUAGUGCCAAUGGUGGACAGUAUCUUGGAGACUCAGGACUUCAACUGGGAUGGACUAUUGGAGCCUUCAGAGUUGUUUCUUCCUCCCCGGCAGGGAGAGAAACCAAACUUCCUUACCUCUGUCAGUGAAGAAGAUGGCCCAGUCCUGUGGGCACUUCCUAAGCCAAAUGAACCAGCCAUUGGUUUCCCAAGUCCUUCUGACCAACAAAGCAAUGGAGGCUCCCCACCUGCACCAGCAGUUCAGGAGCAAGACAUGAUGGGUGACCAAUUGUGGAGCCUGGAGAAGCAUGGGGAAGAGCUCGGCCAGGAAACUGCAGGAGACCCAGAUCAACAAGGGGAAGAGAUGCCUUCUGCUCCAGGAGAUUGAAAUAUACCCUGUGCAUAACCUUAGGUGAUUGGCCAAGAAAUGAGGACUGAAGGCCUGCAGGUCAAUUUCAGAAAUGGAAUGCAGAUAAUCACCCCUUUCCCAACAUUUCCUUCUGUGCAAUCUGCUCCUGAGUUUUCAACUCUUCUCUACCGAAGCAAAACAGAAUAGGAUUCCCUGUUCAGUCAGCUCUGCACUCUGUUAUCUAAAGAGAUUUCUUUUCCAGAUUUCAAGGGAUGCAUAUCCCAAAUCUAAAACUUGAGAAACAGAAGUCACAAAAAAGUUAUCCCUAGCACAAUGGCUCCCCUUUCUCCUCAGUGCAUCAAUCAGACAUGGAAGCCUCUUCCCUGCCUUCCCCAGUAUACAGGACCACAGCCUUUCUAGCAGGUGAUGCUACCUAGGUAGGAAAGAUUUCUCUAAACUGAAAAGCCUGUCUCAGCAGGUUGUCUCCCUGAAUAGUCUCUCUCUUCACAGAGCAGGCUCCCGAUUCUGGAGAGCCUACUUAGAAUCUCUUACUCUGCCUUCCUCAAGUAAGGAGCUGUAGCAGAGGGACAGGACAGCACUUACCACUAUAAUUUCCCAGUCUGGCCAAGGAUUUAGCUGUGCAUUUCAGAUGGUCAUUCUGGUCAUUCAGCAGAUUCCUUUGGGGAAAAGCCUACACAACACUGCAGAAGGCAUCACGUAAGUCUUUUGCCAGCGCAUUUAAAUUAUCUAUAUAAUUUAAAUGACCUCCCGUCUCACAAAAGUGACUCUGAAAUUAAAACAAAAACCACAAGCCAUGAUUUCCAAGGUUAAAUCAGUAAACCCCAAUCACAAAAGAGAACACAUCAACAACAGCAGAGCUCGCGUAACCUCCUGGUCCAAAGCCUGGGGAAAGAGCCAGAGAUGCGUAUGCUUCUCCUGUACUUCUGCUUCUCCAAAUCUGCCAA